AUGGAUACCAGCAUGGACGACAGUCUCGUCGGAGAGCGACCCAGAAUACGCAACUCUCAAGCAUGUCUAGAGUGCCGUAAAGCAAAGAUCAAGUGCAACGGCAAGCGCAAGGACGCUCAAAACUGCUCUCGCUGCGAAGCAAAGGGCCUCGAAUGCAAUUGGACAGCCUCUCGUCGAGGCAAAAAGCCCGGAACCAAAAACCUGGCCACACGCGCGCGCGAACAGUCCGAGGCAGUGCAACGACAUCAUCACGACAGGCAGCUCCACAUACGCAGCUCUAGCGACAAGCUCGACCGGACCUCUCCCACUCCGCAAGAUGCUUCAGCCGCCAACAUGCCUUACCGACGUGGUGUUGCUUGGGACUAUCCAGGUCCCUCGAACAUGUCCAACCCUUAUCCUCACCCCGCCGCUUUUGAUUCUCACCAUGCACACCGUCACGGAUCCGAUGCCAGCACCAACAAUCAUCAGUCGCCUGGUAGCGCAGUCACCUCGUCCUCCUCCGGCUCGCAUCCACCUUCAUCGAUCCCCACCGCCAUUUCUACCAACGGCCCUCACAGCAGCCACGCCAGUAUCACAAGUAACGGCAGCAGUCGACGCACGUCCAAGUACCACGACGGCCUCUUGAUCCGAGAAUCGCGCAUGCCGCCUUCAUCCACCAACCCCCUCCUCUGCCUCUCGGAAGCGGCCCUCGGCAAGCGCUGCACCGAGACUGACAGCGAGGAGGACGAACUCGCUGCCGAGCAUGAUCAAGCUGACGACGCAGCCCACAGCCCCGCACCCCACGCCGAUGGCAAGAAGCGCGGCUCUUCGCAUUUUCACGUGGACAAUCCCAGCAACGAAGAAGACGAUACCCAGGCCAGAUCUGCACGCGACAUCGCCGCCAUGCUCGAGAACAGUGGUUGGUCUCGAUCCUGCCUGGGCCAUGCCGCCUGCGAGCGCGCUUCGUACUUUUCCGGUGCCUCCGCCUCGGCAAGCUGGGACACGCGUCGGUGCGAUCCACUCGACCAGGGUAUCGUCACCAUGGAUGAUGUUCACCGCCUCUUCAAGAUCUUCACGGAUGUCAUCCAUGAGCAAUUCUGCAUCCUCGACCCCAUCAUCCACAAUGUCGAGACCAUCAAGGAGUCGUCCAAUUUUCUCUUUUCCGUCAUUCUCGCCAUCGCCACUUCGGUCGAUCGCAGUCCGCGCUCUAUCCAGCAGUUUGAGCAGCUGCGCAAACUCGUAGAUUCUCUCGUCGUCGAGGUGCUCAGCCGCAACGUCAAGAGCGUCGAGGUCGUGAAAGGUCUCAUCGUGUGGCCGAUGUGGGCGCAUCUCACCCCGCUCAUGGCCGAAGAUCGUGCUUGGCUGCUCAUCGGAACAGCCGCACGCAUGGCCAAGGAGCUUGAUCUGGCAUGGCGAGACGAUACGCCACAGGAAGACGAGAUGGCGCGCCGACAUGCGCGAGACCGCUCCAGGACAUGGGCGCUCGCUGCCAUCAUGGAGAGGAGCUUCAGUUCAUUCUCGGGCCAGAGACCCAACACGACACUCGAUGUCGACUGGGGCACGCUCAAUGACUGGCUCAAGUCGCCCAUCUCGCUCGAUAAUGACAUCGAAAUCGUAGCCUUCCUGCACCUGCGUCGCAUCGAGGAGGUAAUGCGCACGCGCAUUUUCAGCCAGAGCUACUACGAGGUCGGCUCGAUCGAGAGCAUCCGUGUCUCUGCCAACGUCUUGUUCGCUGCCUGGUCCGAAGCAUGGUGCGAGCAUCCUGCACUGGACCAGCAUGGCCUCACCUCGACCACCAUGCGCCUCAUCGGCCUUCACAUCCAGGUGCUCAUCAACACGCACGCCAUCCGCGAGUCAGAGCGAAGAAAGGCCAUCUGCGAGGCCAGCAACAUGCGCAUCCUGCGCAUCUGUGGCGACUCGGUCAAAGCCGCGCGUGAGGAGUGCGUGGCGUUGCUCACCGAAGCUUGUCGACUCGCGCUUGACAAACUGCAGAGACACUCGCACACGGUCAGCCGCAUCGUGGCCGCCAUGAUGGGGUGGUCGGGAGUCCACUUGCUAAAGAAUGGGCCCAUCGAGACGCGCGGCUUGGUGGUGCAGCUCGGCUUGAUGCUGGCAGGUGAUCCGCGCGACUCGGCCCACUCUCGAUCGUUUGCACGCUUCUAUGGGCGUUUCAUCCUGUCUCUCAGCGCCGAGCUGGUCGAGAGAGACCGCGCCGAAAAGUCGCGCAGGAAGCGUCAGCGCCUGCGAGAUUCGUCACACAUGUCGGCUGGGUCGAGUAGUGUUGGUGUGCCGAGUCCGCGAGCAGCGGGUGAGAACGGUGAUAUGAGAAGGAGUGCUACGGCAACGGGCGCUGCGCCUGGCUAUGAUGCGCAAAGGGCAAUGACAACGCGUCCGUCGACACCGGGCGCAGCGGCGACGUCGGCCGCAGCCAUGAGCGAUAUGGCGCUCGCCUUCGAAUCGGCGGCGCAAGGCGGCCUGCAAACUCCAGGCUUGGGCGGCCGACCUGCUUUCGUCGGAGCGCCGGCCAAUGGUGUGCACGCCAUGUCACCCUCGACGUCGAACAGCGCUAGCUAUGCGUAUCCUUAUGCGUCGACGCCCGGUGGCGGAGGCGGGUCACAUUCAGGUGCAGGUGCAGGCAGCAGUCACGUUGCUGGCAUGCUCGGCAAUGGUAGCAGUGCGCCAUCUCCGCUCUCGUCAGCCUAUCGCGGUGGACCCAUGUCGACGUCGCACAUUGGAUCGAACAGCGCCUCUUCCGCGUUGGACUCGGUGACCAACACGUGGCUGGGCACUGAUGACUUGCUGGAUCAGUACAUGCAGAGCAUCUUGCCCAUCUUUAACGAUUUCGACCACGCUACCAACAACAGCAUGGCGCACGGCAUCGGAGGCGGGGGCGGCGUUGGUGUUCCCAUCUCGGAGGUGAUGCGUUGA